GUUCCCACAUCCCCACGUAGAAGGAAGCCAUCAGGAAUUCUAUUUGGAGUCUCGCAGUGCAUAGCACAUGUCACCGAGACUUUGCUAAGAGCGAUAGCUGUUAACUUUAAACAAAACGCUGAUGCAUAUUUGAAAAUUAUUCUUAACGACAAUUAUCUGCCUUUAUUUUAUUAGACUUAAUGAUGACUUGUUGAGCCUACAAUUACGUCAACAUUGAAGGUAGUGCCUAUGUUGUUUAUUUAUUCAUUUAAAUUUUAAACUUCUGAAUAAAGAAUCGGCUCACUCAAAGAAGAUGGAGGAGAGCACUCGGUCACGCACGGUGAUUACAAGCCACAGCAGCCCACAUUCGGACAACUUCUCCACUUCAACACUUGCCUAUGACAAACAUUUUAUUCGCACCGUACCGGGAUUCCUCAUCAUUGCAGAAAUAAUCUUCGGCCUGCUGGUGUGGACGCUGAUCGGUGGAACUGAGUAUUUCCGCGUAUCUGCAUUCGGGUGGGUCAUGUUUGUAGCAGUGUUCUACUGGGUCCUGACAGUAUUCUUCCUCAUCAUUUACUUGACCAUGGCCUACACCAGAAUCCCCCAAGUACCCUGGACAACAGUGGGCCUGUGCUUCAAUAGCAGUGCGGCUGUGCUCUACCUGACGGCUGCUGCAGUGGAUGCUGCUUCCAUCAGCCGAGCCGUCAAGGGACAACACGACUUCAACAGCUGGGCAGCCUCCACGUUCUUUGCCUUCUUGGUAGCGCUGUGCUACCUGGGAAAUGCGUACUUCAGUUUUAAAUCCUGGCGAUCACAGGAAGAAGGUCAAUGAGAGUGAAAGGAAAAGGAAACUGAUGCCGUUGAUUGUUAAAAAUAUGAAGAAAGAGGACAGAGUUCAGAGAUUGUUGCACUUUUUGCGAAAGACAAAGAGCUGGAAGUGCUACGUGGGCCAGGACAGAGUCCCUCCCAUGACUAUUGACAAUCGUAUUGUUUGUAGGAAUCCAGAGACACUGGCUGGGAAGCCUAUUUCAGGAUGUGCAGGACUGACUAUUUGAAAAUAUUUUAUUUUUCAUCAUUGCUAAUAGACAGUGGUAAAUGUUUCAUUGAAGGACAUAUUUUAAAUGACCUGUAAUUUCUGUAGCUGGACUGUAGGAUUAAAUUACACUAUGUUAUUUAUUUAUUCAUACACCAAUAAAGUAUACAAUAUGAAAGUUUAUUAAUUAACUAGCAUUGUACUGGAAUCCCUUAUAACUGAGUAAGAAAAACUAAAUGUGUUGAAAAUGCAUGUGUAGCACAUUACACAUAUUCCCAGUGUACUGUAUUAUCAUCAACACUAUUGUUUGCAUUUUUUUUGUUAUCCACAUGCAAUGUAAAAAUGAAUGUAAGAAGUGAAUUAAUUUUAUUUUGUACUUAAAGUUGUGCUUUGAA